AUGUCCAAGCAAAAAGAUAAUAAUUCUUUAAUAUAUUCUUCAGCUAAUUUGAAUAAUCAUGAAAGCAACUCUUUUUCUAUAAUAUCUACCCCAGCAACCAUCACCAGUAACUUUGUUUGUAAUGAUAAUGUAAGGAAAAGAACUCUAGAUAGCGACAAUCAAAAUAGUUCAGAAAAUAAUGUCAAGUUGCAAAAAACUCAAGAUGAUAUUGUUCGCACCGAUGAUGAAAAUUUAAAAAAAAAUGCUAAUACUGUAUCUUUUGAAACUCAUGGGGAAAAAGAACAAGAUACAAGAACGAAACUUCUUUAUCAAAAUAUAACACCUUCUAAUACCGUAACAACUAAUACUACCAAUCAAUAUGCAGUCCAGGACAGAAACAAUGACAUAAUUAUAGAUCAACAAUAUACAUUAAGCCAAGAUUUGAACAAACAAUUUCUAAACAGUUUGAUGAAGUUUUCCCUUUUCCAAAAUGCCCCAAAAGCAUUCUAUGUUUCACUAGCACGCAAAUUAAAAUUGGUAAUUUACCAUUCUCAAGAAUAUAUUGUGAAAUGUGGAGAACCUUCCAAAUCUAUGUAUUGGAUAUUUAGAGGUUCAGUUAAGGUAACGUCUCCGGAUGGCGAAAUAACACAAGCUACUUUAAAAGAAGGUUCUUAUUUUGGUGAAAUAGGUAUUUUGUUUAAUAGACCGAGAACUGCAACUGUUAUCGCUGAGACUAAAGUUUUAUUGGGUGUUUUAACUUCUGACAAUUUAAACCAAGUUUUACCUGAUUUCCCCAUCAUAGAAAGACAGAUCAGAGAUGAAGCACAGGAAAGAUUGGCCAUGCAAGAGAUGAAAAGAAAAGCUGGUGUAAACAAUAUACUGGUAAAUGUUUCUGGAAGUACAACCAACUCCUCCACCAAUACUGUUGCUGUAGAUACCAAUACUAGUAACAUUUCUGCUACUAACAUAUCUACUGAUUUGGGGAGUGCUUUACAAGCCAACUCCAACUUGACUUUGGAAGACAUUGAGGAUUCUAUUUCCAUCAGACAAUUUUUGAAAAGCUUACCAUUAUUUACCACCCUACCUGCAGAUAUCAUUCAUGGGUUGGCUCUUUGUGUUGAAUUAAGAAACUACAAUGCAUUUGAAUAUAUUUUAAGAAAAGGUGAAUUUGGUUACGAUAUUUACUUUAUAAUAAGCGGAGAAGUUGAAGUGUUGGGAAAUGCUUCUAUAUCAACUGCCGGGUCCACUGAUGUUGCUAAUACAAAAAAUAAUAUGCUAUCACAUACACCUAACAUAGAGAUAUUACUGGGUAGAUUAGGUCCGGGCCAAUAUUUUGGUGAAAUGGGAUUUUUACAAUUUUUAACCAGUAACAAUAAGUCACUUCCUCAACGAACCGCUGACAUUCGGUCGGUUUCCACUUCAUAUUUAUUAGUUUUAACUGGAGACACUUUGAGAAAGUUUUGUGAUAAAUAUCCGUUUAUUAAAAGAGAAAUGAAAAAAACAGCACAAGAGAGAAAUUUACAAAAUGCAAAAUCUACUUCUUUUACCAAAGAAGAUGAUGAUGCUACUGAGCCAAAAGAGAAUGUUAUUACGGAACGGGACAUCAAUGUAAUAAAGGGAAAUGAUCCUAUAGUACAUCCCAUUCCAUUACAUCAUUCAAGUAGUGGCAUCCUUACCAGAAAUGGUAUUUUAAAUAAUUCAAAUUUGAGCAAGGAAAAUACUACCGAAAAAAAAGAGGACCAAGAGGCUCAUGAACAUUUGUAUAAGAAUGUUGGCAAUUCUUUAUCUCCGUUAAGUAUGCAUAUUGGAAAUGGUGUUUUACAAAAUAAUAAACCAUCUCCAAUUUCCUCCUUAAUCGAGGGAAGAGUUUCACCAAUAAAUCCAAUAAACACGUCUAACAUUUUUAUUGCACCCAAUAGCAAAAAUUCUUUUGAUUCUAAUUUUAAACUGACAUCUUAUCCGCACAACGCCCAUUCAAUUAAUAUGGUUAAAGCUCCUGUUAUUAAUACGGAUAAAAAUAAUAUAAUAAAUAAAGGCAAUAAUAUUCCUACUACUAAUACCACCACAAAUAAUAAUGGUGAAAAACUUCCCUUUUAUUUUAAAUCUAAUUUCACCUUUGGCGGUGGCAAUGGUAAAUGUCCGCAUAAUACCAAUGAAAUUCCCAAUAACUCAACUUCAUCAGAUAAAUGUCACUCUCCAAUCACUAAAAUAUCACCACUGCCAUCUUCUCCAGGCUGCCCUACAUCUUCAACUAAUAAUACUAAUAAUAAUAAUAAUAAUAAUAAUAAUAAUAAUAAUAACAAUACUUUCGUUUCUCCCUCUACUACAUCUGCAGUUGCAAACUCUUUGGGUACAAAUAGCACUAAAACAGAAGCAAUUUCCCAAAAUAUUUUGGAUCUAGAUCCGUUAUCUAAAAAUAAAAAGUCUCCAAUUCAAAAUAUGCGGAGUUUUUUUUCACAAAACCAACCCCCACCCAUAAAUUAUAUGCCUAGGCAUAAGAGAGUAAGACUAAAUAGUAUUUCUAUGGGGCGUCGUGGAUCAUCUAUACUAACAGUGGGCCCAUUACCUGAUAGAUUACUACUUUACUGUUUUCAAUUUCUAAAUCUGCCGGAAUUAAUGAAAUUAAGAUUAGUUUGCAGAAGAUGGAGACAACUAUUGUAUGUAGCCCCGCAACUGUUUUUAAAAUUAAACUUGGCACAGUGGAAAAAUAACAUUGAUGACAAAGCGUUAAUACAAAUUACAGAUUUUGUUGGUUCAAGACCUAAAAUUUUGGAUAUAUCCAAUUGUUAUCAUAUAACAGAUGAGGGGUUUUCUUACAUGAUCAAUGAAAUCGGUAUUGGUGGCCAGUUGCAAGUGAUUAAAAUGGCAAGUUGUUGGGAAAUCAGUCCAAUGGCUAUCAUGGAUAUUGCAGUUCCCUCAAUUGGGAAAAAUCUGGAAGAAAUUGAUUUAUCUAAUUGUAAAAGAAUUCAUGAUGAUGUCAUCCAAAGAUUAAUUGGCUGGGAUGCGCCACUAAUGAAAGUGACUCACAUUUCCAUGUCAAAUUCGGACACUUCAUAUACCAAUGAUGCCAACAACAAUCAUCUUUCUUACCCGUAUCCAGACGGCUGUGAUAGUGCGAAUAAGUUGGGGCAACCAAUUCCGCCAUACUUUUAUGGAAAUGAUACGACUGCAGGGUAUUUAUCGAUAAAUCAACCUGUUCCAGGUAUGGAAAAAUUUGAUAAUGGUGUCUACGGUAAUUACGAUAAUUUUGUUGACAAUGACCUUACCGCUACAAAUAGUAAGAAUAGAAAUAAUAUUGGUUGCAAGAAAUUGAAAAAGCUGACAUUACGUCAUUGUAAAAGUCUUACAGAUGAAACACUAAAACACAUUGUGUAUUACGCCUUUGAUAGAAUAGAGCACUUAGAUCUUACAAGGUGCACUGGCAUAAGUGACAACGGGUUUAGAUUUUGGAAACAACCACAGCAGCGAGCGGGUUCCUUUAAUAAUUUGGAAACAUUAAUUUUGAGCGAAUGUGUAUUUUUAACUGAUGAUACUAUAUUCAGUCUAACGACUUGUUGUCCUGUUUUAAAAUAUUUGAAUUUAUCAUUUUGCUUUAGUAUAACAGAUGCAUCGUUGGAAGUUAUAUGUCUAGGGUUACCACUCUUGGAAAAAUUAGACGUUAGCUUCUGUGGAAGAGCUGUUAGCAAUGCUUCACUUUUAUCUAUUUCUAUGCACCUGAGAAAUUUGCAAAAAAUUUGGCUAAAAGGUUGUUUAAGAGUUACGAGAUCUGGGGUUGAUUCCUUAUUAGGUGGUUUUGCUCCUUUGACAUUUGUUGAUAUAUCGCAAUGUAGAAAUGCACAUAUGUAUCAAAACGGUAUAAUGGCUGAAAGAUUUCAAACAACAGUUCCCGGUGGUAAAAAGGCUUUAAUUAAAAUUGAAGAAAAUGGGGGAAGAGUCGUUGAAGUAAUAAUUUAG